UUCCACGCGGCGGCGAGGCGGCGUCGGCGCCAGAAGCAGGCGCGGAACCGGAGCGGCCCGCGCCCCACCCGAGAGGCCUCUCAACGCUCAACGAUGACCGCUGGAGUGGGCGGCGAGAUGAGCGCCGAUCAUGAGCCGCCCGAGCGUCCAUCUCAAGCCAUGUGGGGGCGAGCGUGCGUCGCAGCGAGCCAUCAUGCUGGCUGCGCCCGGCGCGCGAGGGGCAAGACCUAUAGAGGACCCCGCAAUCAGGCCCCUGAGGCUCCCGAUGGCGCAAGUGCUGCGGCGCCUCAGCCCAAGAGAGCGACGAGACGCAUCCCUCUCAUCGUGCAUGAAGCGAUGCGAUGCCUCCGAGGCUGCCGUGCGGGGACAGGACGGGAUGCUCGGACGGAGCGCCAGGGCGGACCUCGGGCUGAUGACGCACCGCCGCCCGCGAGCGCCGAGCUUUCUUUCGCCGCGCCCCUGCCGCCGCUUGCUGUGCUGGCCUGCCUGCCCCGCGCCGCGUGCGCCGCAAGCCCAAGAUCGCCGGCGCCGCCCGAGGCCGACUGCGACGUCAGCCGCAGGUGCCCGCUGCGGUGAGAGCAUCUUCAGCAUGCAGCGCCACCCUUCGUGCUUGCUCGACGUGCGCGUUGCCGCCUGAACAGCUUCAAGGGCGUGGUGCUGCUGCGUCAAGACGAGCACAGAAGCGCGCAGCGCAGCGUGAGCAUGACAGGUGCUGUCCCAAGGACUGGUCAGUGCGCCGACUCAGGCAACAGGCGAGCCCGCUUUCAGUGACGAGCAGCGAGACCCUGGCAAGGCCCUUGAGGGCCAGGAUAGCAAGGCAAAGGACAUGCAGGCGGCACGACGAGGCCUAGUUACGAGUGCGAGAGCGGCAGCCGCGACCCGGCAGCUGCAGG